GAAAGGAGACUGUGGCUCGGGUACAAUGACAGCGUCCAAAGACCCGACCAAGAAGAAACCGAAAGAGGCGCAGCAGGAUGAGGAGUUUGUGGACGUCAGCCCGCCGCAGAGGAACUGGAAGGGCAUUGCCAUCUCUCUGCUGGUGAUCGUGGUGGUCUGCUCACUCAUCACCAUGUCUGUGGUCGUCCUGACACCCGUGGAGGUUCCUGGCAGCAGCAAAUCCAGGCUGACUGUGGCAGAUCUGUAUAAACCAGAGUUUGGCAUUCAUGACCCUGAGGCCACCUGGAUCAGUGAUUCAGAGGUGGUGUACAGGAACCGGGACGGUCACGUCAUCAAGUUCAACUUCGCCUCAAACGAGACCGAAGUCAUUCUGAGCAACAGCACGUUUGUGGCUUUCAAGGUGGCAAAGUACUCGCUCUCUGCAGAUCUGAAGUACGCACUCUUCGCCUACGAUGUCAAACAGGUGUACAGAUAUUCAUACACGGCGUCCUAUAUCGUUUACAACAUCUACACGAGGGAGGUUUGGGAGCUAAACCCUCCAGAGGUUCAGAACGCAGUGCUCCAACACGCAGCAUGGGGAAGACAAGGACAACAGCUGAUCUACAUCUUUGAAAAUAACAUCUACUACCAGUCAGAUGUGAGGAGCAUCUCCCUGAGAAUCACCUCCUCUGGGAUGGAAGGAGUCAUCUUCAACGGACUCGCUGACUGGUUGUAUGAGGAGGAGAUUCUGCGUUCACACUUGGCUCACUGGUGGUCGCCGGACGGAGAGCGACUGGCUUUCCUCACCAUCGAUGACACCCUGGUGCCCAACAUGUCUCUGCCCCAGUUCACUGGCAGCGCCUACCCCCGAGGACUACAGUACCCGUAUCCUAUGGCUGGUCAGACAAACCCUGUGGUCAAGUUGUCGGUGGUCAACCUGUUUGGAGCGACACACACUCAGGAGCUGCAGCCUCCUGAGCAGCUCAGACACCGAGAUUUCUACGUCACCAUGGUGAAGUGGAUCAGUAAUACUCACCUUGCUGUGCGGUGGCUCAACCGGCCCCAGAACAAUUCACUGCUGACGGUGUGUGACGCCACCUUAGGAGCCUGUCUUCAGAGGCACGAGGACUCCUCAGAGACAUGGAUUUCCAGACAGAGACAGGAGCCGCUGUUCUCCCAGGACAGGAGCAGGUUUUUACUCACUCUGCCCGUGAAACAAGGAGGUCAGGGAGACUUCCACCACAUCACCAUGUUCACCAAAAAGUUACGAAGCGACCAGGACGAAGUGCGCCACUUAACGUCAGGGGACUGGGAGGUGACAAAAAUCGUAGCGUACGACGAAAACAACCAGAUCAUAUACUUUCUGAGCACAGAGGACUCUGCACAACAGAGACACUUACACAGUGUGUCCACCAUUGGCCUGUUUCCACGGCGAUGUCUCACCUGUGGACUGAAGGAGGAGUGUACUUUUUUCGACGCUGACGUCAGCCCCGAUGCGCAGCACGCCAUCCUGCACUGUAAAGGUCCUGGAGUUCCAGCUCUGCUGCUUCUAAGCUUGGACGACGUGGACUCGUAUUUCAUCUUGGAGAACAACCUCCCUCUGCGGUCUGCGCUGGAGACUAAAAGGACGAUUCAGACCGACAUCCGGAUGAUCACUAAUGACAACUUUGAGCUGCCUCUGAAGCUCAUCUAUCCCCCCGACUUCUCCGAGUCCUACCUCUACGGCCUUCUCCUUAUUAUUGGCAGUUCUCCAGGCGACCAGACAGUGACGGAGGAGUUCAGGCUGGACUGGGACUGGGUGCUGGUGGGAUCCGAGCAGGUCGUCGUGGCUCGACUCGACGGCAGAGGGUCGGGGUUCAGAGGGCAAAGGGUUUUACAGCAGAGCCUCGGCACAGUGGACGCUGAGGACCAGAUAGCAGCUCUUGAAUACCUGGUGAAGCUGCCGUUCAUCGAUCGCACCCGUGUGGGAGUCUUCGGAGAGGACUACGGCGGCUUCCUCGCGCUGACCAUGCUGAAGUCGACGGAGGGGCUGAUCAGAUGCGCCGCGGCUCAGGCUCCGGUCAUUGACUGGUCCAUGUACGCCUCGGCAUUUUCUGAGAGAUACUUCGGCUUGCCUUCGACUGAGGAGAACAGAUACCAAGCGUCCAAACUCCUGCCCAGCAUGAGAAGUCUGCAGGGAGGAACUCUGUUUCUGGCUCACGGGACUGCUGACGCGAACGUUCACUUCCAGCAUUCAGCAGAGCUCAUCAAACACUUAAUAAAGAUCGGAGCCAACUACACUAUGCAGAUUUAUCCAGACGAGGGACACUUCCUGUCAAAACGCAGCCGGAUUCAGCUGACUCACUCCCUAAUUGGUUAUUUCAGAGGAUGUCUGCUCGAUGCGUCAUCGUUACUCGACCAACAGCGGGACGAUGAGUGAGAGGGUUAUUACUGGACCGUGUUCGACAACUGUGUGUGUCAGUUUGUGUGUUUAUGAGC